AUGGAGUCGUCGGCAGGAGGCCGCGGCCGCCGGCUGCUAUGCCAGCUCUGGACGGCCAUCAGCAAGGCCGUGUUCGCAGAGUUCCUGGCCACGGGGCUCUACGUGUUCUUUGGCGUGGGCUCUGCCAUGCCCUGGCCCUCGGCGCUUCCCUCUGUGCUGCAGAUCGCCAUCACCUUCAACCUGGCCACGGCCAUGGCGGUGCAGGUCACCUGGAAGGCCAGCGGGGCCCACGUCAAUCCUGCGGUGACCCUGGCCUUCCUCGUGGGCUCCCAGAUCUCCUUGCCCCGCGCUCUGGUCUACAUAGCUGCCCAGCUGGCGGGGGCCACGGCCGGAGCAGCUCUGCUGUAUGGGGUCACGCCGGGAGAUGUCCGAGAAACUCUUGGGGUCAAUGUGGUGCGCAGCAGCGUGUCGAACGGCCAGGCAGUGGCCGUGGAGCUGGUGCUGACCCUGCAGCUGGUGCUCUGCGUCUUCGCAUCCACCGACAGUCGCCAGGCCUCAGGCUCCCCCGCUGCCAUGAUUGGGAUCUCCGUGGCGCUGGGCCACCUCAUCGGGAUCUACUUCACUGGCUGCUCCAUGAACCCAGCCCGCUCCUUCGGCCCUGCUGUCAUUGUCGGGAAGUUCGCUGUCCACUGGAUCUUCUGGGUGGGACCCCUGACCGGCGCCAUCCUGGCUUCGCUAAUCUACAACUUCAUACUGUUUCCUGAUGCUAAAACUCUGGCCCAGCGACUGGCCAUCUUCACGGGCACGGCCAAGGCGGAGCAAGUGGGAGGGGUGGAACCCCAGAAGAAAGACCCGACGAUUUCAGAGGACGUCGAGAUGGAGAGUGCGUAG